CCGCUCCUCGUCGGAGUCACCUCACGUAUAUCCCAUGCCCUCGCUAUUCAGAGUAGCACUGCAGGAUGGAUGCGGCGCCGCACAGUGAUGUAUCUACAAUGGUAAACGGCAACGGUGUUUCCAGUGCCCGCACAACCAGCGAAGUCCUUGGAAAGGCCGAGCUCGGAAACGAGGGCCGCAACAGCAUAUUACAAGAAAAAGGGAAGACGAUUCUUACGGAGCUCAAGCCAGAGGAUGACCCGAAGAAGCUACCGCUUUUCCGCAAAUGGCUUGCAGUGGUUGUUAUAUGCUCGGCAGCAUUUUGUACUACGUGCACUUCCUCAAUUGCAUCGGCAGCUGAAGAUGCCGAGAGUAUCGAAUUCCACGUCUCAAAAGAAGUGACUAUCCUCGGAAUCAGCCUCUUCGUCGAAGGCAUGGGCAUCGGUCCUCUUCUCCUAGGCCCGCUUUCUGAAUUCUAUGGCCGUAAUCCCGUGUACUGGGUUUCGUACUUUCUCUUCGUCGUGUUCUCUUUUCCGGUUGCAUUCGCACCAAAUAUAGUUGUGUUUUUAAUUUUCCGGUUUGUAAGCGGUUUCGUAGGGUCGGCUUUCCUAAGUGUAGCAGGUGGGAGCGUUAGUGACCUCUUCACGAACGAUGCCGUGGCUACGCCCAUGGCGAUCUAUACCAUCUCGCCUUUUGCAGGACCUGUAAUUGGACCCUUAUUAUCUGGAUUCAUCAACCAAAACACCAAUUGGCGCUGGACAUACUAUAUGCAAAUUAUCUGGGCCUUCACAGAACUUGUUGCUUUAGUGAUUUUUGUCCCGGAGACGUAUGAGCCAGCCAUCCUAAAGAAUAAAGCUAGAAGAUUACGGAAACACCAUAACUCGGACAUUUACGCUCCAUUAGAGUUAGAGCAUAAAGGAUUAUUCCAUGCAAUAUUUUUCAGUUGUUACAAACCAUUUGAACUUUUGCUUUUUGAUAGAAUGGCACUUCUUCUAGACUUAUGGACUGCACUUGUCCUCGGAAUUCUAUACCUUGCUUUCCAAGCGUUUCCAAUUAUUUUUGGUGAAAAGCAUGGAUUCAACCUGCAAAUGGUGGGCUGCAGCUUCUUGGGUAUUGGGAUUGGUAUGUUGCUUGGGACGCUCUCGCAGCCCUAUUGGAAUAGUAUUUACAAACGCGAGACGCUCAAGCACGAUGGUCAUCCGCCACCCGAGAUGCGCCUAAUAGUAGGAAUGCCGGGUGGCAUUCUUGUCUCUGUCGGGCUUUUCUGGAUCGCUUUCACUACAUUCCGUGGCGUGCACUGGAUCGUCCCGAUGCUUGGGUCAAUACCUUUCGGUACUGGGAUCGUGUUUGUGUUCACCGCGACAUUUACGUACCUCGUUACUGCGUAUCGUCCGAUCGCCGCCAGUGCUAUGGCUGCAAACAGCGCCCUACGCAGUACCUUUGCAGCAGGCUUCCCAUUAUUUGCGGUGCAGAUGUACAAUCGUCUCGGAACAGUCGGUGCAACAGCUCUUCUUGCUGGACUGACAGCUAUCAUGGCUCCUUUACCCUUCAUUUUCUACAAAUACGGUGCGCAAAUUCGCGCACAUUCAAAGUACGCGGUAGCAUAG